GGGUCGGAAAGAGUUGCUUGUUAUUGCGCUUCUCAGAUGAUUCCUUUACUACUAGUUUUAUUACAACCAUAGGGAUUGACUUCAAGAUUAGAACCAUUGAGCUUGAUGGGAAGCGCAUCAAACUGCAAAUAUGGGAUACAGCCGGUCAAGAACGUUUCCGUACAAUUACAACAGCUUAUUACAGGGGAGCCAUGGGUAUAUUGCUGGUCUACGAUGUGACAGAUGAAUCCUCUUUCAACAACAUCAGAAACUGGAUUCGAAACAUUGAGCAGCAUGCAUCUGAUAACGUUAACAAGAUAUUGGUGGGAAACAAAGCUGAUAUGGAUGAGAGCAAGAGGGCUGUGCCAACAUCGCGAGGCCAGGCACUAGCCGAUGAGUAUGGCAUCAAAUUCUUUGAGACGAGUGCAAAAACAAACUUCAAUGUGGAGCAGGUUUUCUUUUCUAUCGCUAGAGACAUAAAGCAAAGACUUGCUGAAAGUGACACGAAAACAGAGCCACAAACCAUCAAAAUCAGUAAGCCUGAUCCGGCUAAGAGUUCUGGGACGGCUCCAGAGAAAUCUGCUUGCUGUGGUUCCUGAGAUGUUACAAAGAUCAAGGGUUUGCACAUUUCGCAUGUUCAUGUGGUAUAGCAUUAUAACACUGGGAAGUCGUUCCUGGUUGAGAAUGAUUUCUAAGGGCCCCUUUUGCCCUUGUUUGUUAAACUUAUGGGUAUUGUAAUUUCUUCCUCAAGUUUGUAGAUUCUCCUAAAUGCUUUCUAAGCUUUGGGUUACUAGUCCAACAGGUACUCAUCUAACAAUUUUAUUUGGGUGGUUUCUAUUUUGUUUUAUUGCUUGUAGCUGGAUGCUCAUCAAUGUUGAGCUUGGCAUAACAGUAACCUAUUUGUUUACUUUUAUUGGUCACCAAUCUCGAAAGCUAACCUCAAGCCCCGUUCGAAAUAGUAA